CAGCCCCAAAGCGCCUUCGCAGUGUUAUUUUACCUUCUCAUGCUGAGAUUACACUUUCAUGUGAGAUAUUUGGCAUUUCUAAAACAGAGCAGUGCAGUCUGGGAUUUUGUAGUCCUUUUAUAGUUAAUAUACAGCUGAGCAUCUCCCAGGUCUCCCAGAUCGCAGGACAGCCCAGAAUAAACCAAUGGUUGCGCUGGGAGUGUCCCCUUGUCCUACAGUAUGUCCUGCUGUGAGACAGACGAGGUGGAGAAGAAAGGAACAGCAGGAAGGACAGUGCAGUCACACACAGUGUUGUCAUUUAAACGAAGGCAACACCAUUCAUGUAUCAGGAUGGAAUAUGACUGAUAUUUUAAACACUGAAAAGUAACUAUGUCGAAAAUCAUCUUUGAUACUGUCUUGAAGUGGCGUAUGGGACCAGGAAGGAAGGUUUUCCCGUACAAGAACAUUUUUCUAUGCAUCGGUCUAGCAGGUACCCGUAAAUAUACCUCUGUACAUUCUGGUCCAGAUACCCAACACAGUGGCGAAGAAAACAAAAGAACAGUGGACAAUCUAUAUAAACUGUCUGUCAACAUUAAUAAGAUUCGGCAGUUGAAAGGCUGGGUACUACAUAAAGAUGUGGCCUACGUCGAAGAGACUGCUAAUAUCUUGAAAGAAAUGGGAGCGAGUGAACUUACAGUAGCCUGUAUUCUGGAGUCUUGUCCAGAAGCUUUUCUACAGGAACCUUCAGAGAUCAACACUCAAAAAUCCAUAUGGAACUUAGUGUGUCCUAGGGAUGGAGAUAUAGUAACAAUAAUCAAAAAGUUUCCAGAUUCCUUCUUCGCUUAUAAAAGUCCCAAAAAUCAACAAGAUAAUAUAAAUUACUUUCAAGACCUGGGACUUCGCAACAAAAUUGUUUGCAGACUUUUAACAAGUGCUCCACAAAUCUUUUGUAGUCCAGUGGAAGACAAUAAGAAAAUGAUCAAUUCUCUGCAGGAAAGUUAUCUUAGUUUGGGGGGUGCAGAAGAAAACUUCAAAACUUGGUUACUUAAGUUAUUAAGUCAAGACCCAUUUGUCCUCUCAAAGUCUCCUCAGGCCAUGAAGGAGAACCUGAAGUUUUUGCAAAAUUUAGGUUUUCAUGAUACAGAGGUACUGAAACUUCUGUCCAAACUUAAAGGUUUUAUCUUUGAUUUGACCCGUGGCACCAUGGAAAAGGGUGUUUCGUUUACAAAGGCAACUUUCCAAUGCAGCCAGGAAGAGCUGAGACACAUGAUAAUAAAAUGUCCCGCUCUUCUGUAUUAUCCCGUACCGGUGUUGGAAGAACGUUUGAAACAUCUGCUCCGAGAAGGUGUUUCUAUAUUUCAAAUCAAAGAGUGUCUGAAUGUGCUAGAACUCACCCCGCAAAUUAUAGAGUUCCGGGUUAAAAAAAUAAAACAGCUGGGCCAUGAAAUGAAGGACCAGAACUUAGAUGUCAUCAAUGGAAAUAAAAAUUAUUUUGAGGCUAAUUAUGUCAAGUUGCAAGUUAGGAAAGAACGACCGCUUUUUAAUCCUGUCGCUCCUUUGCAUGUGGAUGAGUGACAGAGAUAUCUAUUCACAAAAUACAAAGGCAAAGCAGGGUGGGACUUACUGGUAGGCAGUUGCAUAUGAUGCAUUAUUGAAUUGGUUGCAACAAACAUUCUAGAGCACUGCCUGCUGUGUGGCUUCACACGGUUGGUUACUACUUAGACAAAAGACAUCAUUAACUCAGCUCUUGAGUUUCGACCUUAUGAGUCUGUAUAGAGAAUAACUUUUGACUAGGAGACUACAACUCUGUUAGACAAACUUCUGCAUCGCUAUAGUGUAAUGCUAAAACGAGAAGCUCCACCUUUGUUAGAAUAUUCUUCUUUCUCUAACGUCCUAAGUGGAUGCUGGGACUCCUUUAAGGACCAUGG